CAGGUACACAAAGCUGAGGACAUUCUCUAAAAGCAGCUGAAAACAAACAGAUUUGUUCUUGUGUGUUCGUGCUGUUAAAUUUUAUGACACUAAGUUGGAAAGAUGUGUUCACUCAAACAUGGUGGCAUCAGGUGCCAGAGCUACUCGUUUUUGUCAGUGCCUUCUGCCUCUCAUCUGUUGAUAUGAUCUGACAUUCAGCCCACGUGUGAGAAAUGUCAGCUGCUCCUCAUGGAUGCAGCAACGACACCACUCUGCAAACUUGCUCUGAGGAGUCAUCAGGCCCUCUUGCUGAAAUUAUUAUCCCCUGUGUGUUGGUUCUGAGCACAGUUUUAGUGGUGGGUUUGAUUUUCUGCCUUCUGCACAAGAGCAAACAAAGAAGCCAGAGUGUCUCAGCUCAUUUCACAAACACAGGCCAGCAGACUGUGUCCCUAAGUGCAGCUUCUGUAAGCACUCCAAAAGUCUGGGCAGCUUUGUUGCCCUGGGAAAUCCCUGAGGAGUGUGUUCUCCAGGGACUGGAGUUUUGGCAGACAGGCCGCCUCGGCCCCAUUUGUAAAGGUCUGCUGAAAAAGAGAGAUGGAGUCUCUUCUGCUGUGGUGGUGAAGUCCCUUCAAGAUGGACCAAACCAGACUGAAACCAAAGAGUUUGUGGAGUGGGUCAUCUUCCAUGCCACUGUAUGCAAACAUGAAAAUGUGGUACGGAUGUUGUACUGUCAGACCAAACAUCUGCCCAGAUGCCUGAUCUUAGAGGCCUGCAGCCCUGGGAACCUCCUCCACUUCCUCUGGUCUCUCAGAAAUAGAGAUUCAAAUAGUGUGGAUUCAUCUCCGAACCUCUCUGAGAGGUCAGUGUUUCUGAUAGCAAAGCAGGUUGCAGCUGGUCUGGAUUACCUGAUGUCAGAGCACAGGCUGGUGCACGGUGAUGUUGCUGCCAGGAACAUCUUAAUUGGCCCAGGCCUCGCUGCUCGGGUGUCUGGGCUGGGCGUGGCAUUUGAAGGACGCAGAAUGGAUCCAGCAAUUAGACAGAGGGCAGCAGAGGUUCCUCUCAAAUGGCAGGCUCCAGAGAGGAUCAUGAUGCAGCUCAGCAUUGACAGGAGUGACGUGUGGUCAUUUGGAAUCUUACUGUAUGAACUGAUCACCUUAGGUUCUCCUCCAUACCCUGAGCUUGAUCCUCUGUCUGUGCUUCCAAAGCUGCAGGGGUCUUAUCGGAUGAAAAGACCGGUGAACUGUGGAGGACCUUUGUAUGACCUGAUGAAAUACUGUUGGAUGUGGAGUUUCAAAGACCGCCCUCCAUUCUCUGCCAUCAUUAAGCUGUUGGAUUCAUCACUGCAUUUGGCCUCUACUACAAAGAUUUGUGUCCCUGAGGUCAUCGACAUAUCUGAGUAUAACAGGAGGGCAGGGCUGCCCUCAGAGCUUCAUGUGCUGCCAAAUAUACCAAAACCAGAUUAAUUUAUGCAGAGUGUUUAUCCCAGAUUGAUAUCAACUAUGAAUAUAAGGAACCCCACAUAGCCUUCAAAACAUGUAGCUUUCUGGGGUCCAGCCAAAUGGAGGUCAGCAAAAUCAAGGUCUAUUACAAGGUUAAGCUUUAAAAACCAUAUUUCAUCUUCUACCUGAAUUAUAACCAGUCUUAUCAAAGCGACAUUUUAUUAUUACUAUUAUUUUUGCUGUAGUAUAAAGCCUUCUUCAAAAUGUAAACCCAUUUUCUUAAAACAGAACUACCUUUCUUUGGUAAUGUUGACAAUGUUGAUGAGCACGUUAAACUAAACCAUUUAGACAGGACAGUCAGGCUUCAAACCUAAGUCACUGGUGUGCACAGAUGUCAGGAUGCCAGAAAAUAAAGGAACUCAGACAACUUCAGGGAAAGUAAUUCCAACAAAAGAACAAAACUGGGCAAAAAUUAACAAAACAAAAAGGAUGAAAAGUGGCAAGAAUGGGAUAGAAAAAAAGUGAGAGAAAGUAGCAAGCAGCAAAAAUGGAUGUAAGUGAAAAACAGAGUGGCAAAAUGUGCCUAAAAAGUGGUGAAACAAGUGUAAGAGUGUCGAAAACUGGUUUACAGUGGCAAAACAGGCAAAUAAAGUGAACAAAGGUUGAAAUGUCGCAAAUAUGGCCUCAAAGAGUUAAAAAUGGGCAGAGAAGGUGGUGAAAUUAGAUUAUAUAGUGGCAAAAAUGGGUAAGCAGUAAAACAAAAUAGACUGAAAGUGGCAAAAAAAUGUGUUUAAAGGGGACAUAUUAUGCAAUCCCUUUUUCCGGUAUUCUAACAAAAAUUUGUGCCCCUGGCCUGUCCAUAAUCCCCUCAAAUACCAGAAAAUCCAUUUCCUUUUACCCUCUCUUUCUCCACCUUUCAGAAAAUGUGUGGUAAAACAAGCCGUUCUCAGAUUUUCCCCUCAUGACUCAUGUGGAGAGUUAGCACCCGCCCCCAAGUUUGGUUGGCCCUCCCAGCUUUGAAGAAAGUCCAGCCCUCAUCUUGUGAUCCUCCUCUUAGCUACCAGCUGAGAUGCUGGAUAGCUUAGUGGGUUGCCCUGCUGACUUUGAUCUGGGAUGGUUGAUGGUUCAAAUCCCAGUCAGGUCCUUAACUAUGGA